AUGACUGGUCCUACCGGGCAUUUACUGUCACCUGAUGGACCUGUACCGCACCUACACAGCCUUUCUCUAGAAUUUGAUAAUGACACGAGUGAGAGCUUGGGCAGGGAUAUCAUCAGUCUGCAUGAUCCGGCCACAAUAUGGCCAAGCAGAUCACUCGAGAGGCGCCGCGCCUUUCAGCACUUGUUGAACAGAUACAACCGUCAGAUCCUCUACGGAUGCAAAAAUCCUCGUUGUGAGACGCCCACAUGUCUCAGCCGCCAGCAACGGGUAGCCAAAGGCCCAUUUCGCCCAUACACAGUACUCAGCGCGCGGGCUUUAGCUACCUUCCUUGCUUCACAGGAUCAACCGGAAAGGGGCAUUUGUCCUCACCAGCCGGUCGAUAUUGACUCGGGACCGAGGUCACCCGCCAAAGUCAAACGGGCAGGCAAUAAGCCAGACAAUAGAGGAAGUUCGCUUGCAAAUCCGAGAUCCAGCCAUACUACUUCAACACCUCAAUCAGCUAGUGGCGUCGAAUUUACACCGGUCCAGAGACGGAAGAUCAAGGUCCACAUUGCGAAUGGGCAUACAAAGACACUUGGGCUGGAACCUGAAACUUCAAGGGCUGGGAGCUACGAGGAGCCCAAAUCCAAUGAUCAUGUUCGCAAAGAUAAAGACCCAAAGUCCUUCACCCAGAACCUAUUCGAUACCGUUGCCAUGAAAUUACUGCACCGAACAAAUGCUUCAGGCAGUCAUCCGCCUUGGGCUCCUUCGAAUGAAAGAGCGCAGCUGGUAGGUUCUUCGACUCUAGACAGCAACAGUCUAGAGCAUCAAAUAGACUUGGAACUCUCGAAGAACGCCGAGAAAGGUAUCGAAAGGCCUCUGAUACCAGAUACAGAGUCUGCUAGAGCAGCGCAUGGCUAUGAUCCACCUCAGAUCGAAUCUAUCCACGAUAUUGCGUCUGCUGGGAGCAACACUACGUCCUCAGAGAUCGUUUCUACUCGUACCAUGGUUCAAGAAUCUAACAGCCUGGAGAAAGAUUUGAAGAAUUCCGAGACUUCUGGCGAUGAUGGAAAAGCGCUCGUUGCAGUAAAAAUUGAGCCGAAGGAGUCACCCCUAGGAGUCGCUACGCCGCCGUCAAAAUGUCCACAAAAAAACUCUCAAUCUAAAGGGCUGGAUGUAACAGAGACGACAUCACUACAUAAGACAUCCAUAGCAGUCCAAAGUCCGUCUGAGCCUGCGCCUGAAAUUUCAGCUCCAACGCUGUCACAUUUUACGAGCGCAAACAUCAUUGCGUUGAAGGGAGCAAGGGCUGUUUGUCGUAGUGACCUGUAUGAACAACACUGGUUGUUAAGAUUUCUAGGCCGGACAGAUCUUCCUCAGCAUUCUUCUAGAUGCGGUUCAUAUGGAGAUUUCCUUGCAUAUAGCGGUCAGUCAAUGACAUACGUCCUGAGUAAUGUCGACGCUCUUCUGCAGUCUUUCCUCCACUUCGACGAUAGCGACGCAGCUUCUAAAGUCGUAUGGUCUUAUGAUUUCGCAUCAAUAGUCGACUUGUUCCGGAAGCUACGCCGUAUGGACAUGCAUCCACAUAAGAUUUUUCCAAGCCUCUGGAUCAGCGCUGGCAGACUCUACCCUGUCUCUACGGCUACCAAUAAGCGUCGGUUGUCGACAGCUUCAGGCCUAGUCUCAUUCUCACUCGACCCUUCGCCGGCUUCUCAAGGUUGUUCCCUUAACGAUCUGGAAGCAUGCCAUGUGGUCAAGAUUAUACUCGCUGCUUUGGUAGCCUCUGUACCCAAAUGCAGUCCAAUGGGUUGGCUUGCUGUUCGCAAGCUACACGCCUCCGGUCAGGUAGCGCCCUUCAUAGACGCCGAGAAUUCGCCAGUAGAACAGAAGAUGAUUGGAAAGUUGGUGAGGACACUACACGCUUUUGAGAACGAGAUGGCUCUCAGCCUGGUGAUAAGACUUGCUAGAUCGAUUGACAUGGCAGAGGAUGUCGAAAAGUACCGCCGGGUAUUCCCCCUUAUAUUUUCACGGGUGAUAAAUUAUGUCAACGCCGAUGACCUCAAGAUUUGCGUUGCCGAGAAUGAAGGUCAACCAUCCGUCAAAAGCGGGGAGUGGACCGACCCAGAGCCUGAGCCGAUUACCUGGCAUCAGAAAGAAUGGCCGAUCAUCAUUGAAUGGUUACGAGCUGUAAUUUUGAAAGAGUGGGAUGGUAAAGCCAGAGUAGCAAAUGGUAGUGCUGUCGGCGGUGCUCUGGGGCUGAUGUGGCAUAUACAUGAGCAUGCCAACGCAUACCGCUUUGACUGGGACUUGUUCCACACGCCGUUUUUAUCGGAACGGCUCGAUGUGAUGGAUGUGCCGGCGGCAUGGUACAAUUCUGCAUGGGCCGACGGCAGAUCCGUACAUCUGUUAGAUUUCCCUUUCUUAUUUCCGCCUUCCGCGUUGGUGGCCUACUUUCGAUCCAUCAACCACACUGCAAUGUACACAGCAUAUCGGGACUCCGUCGCCGCUUCUCGUUUGUGUGAUGGGGUGAGCUGGCCAGAUCGUUCCACAGGAAGAGGGGCGCUUCGGCUUCCUGAUCGACUACAUUGUGCAACGGCCGAGUACCUUGUGCUCGAAGCACGUCGCGAUCACGUUCUCACGGAUGCUAUGAACGAAAUAUACAGGCGUCAAAAGCGUGAGCUGAUGAGACCAUUGAAGGUACGCAUGGUGGGAGAAGAAGGCAUCGAUCACGGUGGCGUUCAGCAGGAAUUCUUUCGUGUGGCUAUCGCAGAAGCUUUGAACCCUGACUAUGGCGUAUUCACAACAGAUCCUACGACCCGAAUGUCUUGGUUCCACCCUUCUUCACCGGAGCCAUCGUACAAAUUCGAGUUGCUGGGCAUUUUAGUCUCACUGGCAGUAUACAAUGGCCUUACCCUUCCAUUCACGUUUCCCCUCGUAAUGUACAGAAAGCUCUCUGGCCUACACCAUCAUAAGCUUUCGGACCUUGAGGAUGGCUGGCCCGAGCUGGUGAAAGGUCUAAAGGCUCUCCGCGAUUGGAAGGACGGUGACGUUGAAGAUGUCUUCAUGAGAUCAUAUGUCUUCAGCAUAGAUAAGUUUGGUGCUACUGAAGAUCGCCUUAUUGGUCAAUAUGAGAAAGUCGAGCAGAGCGAUGAAGAAAAAUCGCAAGGGAUUAUUGAGGAAAAACCCAAGAAGGUGGUGAAAGUGUUACGGAUUAAGAGGAAGCCAAGGAAAUUUCGUAAAACUGCAGCUGAGGAAGGCGAGGAGGACGCGUUACGGUUUUUGAGAGGCAGCCAGUUCCAGGGAGCCACCGCAGAACCAACCGACGAGGUGUUAAUGUCGGACUUCCAAUCGCGUGUUCCCUUUCCCACAGAUUUUACCAACCACACUAUGCCGACGAUAACCAGUGAGGAGGAAGCAUUAGAAUACCUGAAAAGCAGGGAUCACAAGGAAGCCCGUGUUGAUUUAGACGACGAGCUGUGUAUGUCGGACUCCUCAUCGCCUGAUCGACUUCCAGCUAGUCCUGGCACCCAAAAUACUCCGAUGGUGACUAACGAGAACCGCGACCAAUAUAUCCACGACUACAUACACCAACUUACUUAUAAAACCGUUUACGACCAAUUCAAUGCUUUCAGGUACGGCUUCUUCACAUGUUUCCAUCCAAAAGCCAUUUCCCUAUUCACGCCAUCUCAUCUGAAAGCCCUUGUCGAAGGGCUGCCCGAUAUCUCCGUCGCUGGCCUCGAAAGAGUGACCCGUUACGACGGUGGUUAUGAAUUCUUCCAUCCCACAAUUCGCCAUUUCUGGAAUGUAGUGCACAGCUGGUCGCAAGAAAAGGUCCGAAAGCUGUUGGAGUUCGUGACGGCGAGUGAUCGGCUACCUGUGGGUGGGGUGGAAAAACUGGUAUUUACCGUGCAGAAGAACGGGAUUGGAGAUGGGAGGUUACCUACCAGUCUGACUUGCUUUGGAAGGCUUCUCUUGCCCGAGUUUACGAGCGAAGAGAAGUUACGAGAGGCACUGGAGAAGGCAAUUGAGAAUUCGAAAGGCUUCGGACAGCCUUGA